ACCUAUCCCGACCGUUCAUCCCAAAUUCCAGUGACCUCCUCCUCCUCUCUCUCUCUCUCUCUCUCUGAGGAUUUGGUGGUUGAUUUCCAUGGCAACACAGUGAGUGAAAAAUGUCGUCGGUAGAGAAGCUCUUCGUCCAGAUCUUCGAGAGGAAGAGGUCGAUCGUGGACCACGUCAAGCACCAGGCCGACCUCUUCGACCACCGCCUCGCUUCCAAACUCCAUUUCGAGGGAAUUCCUCCCCCUUCCUGGCUUUUCCCUCUCGAAUCCCAACCUCAGACCUCAGACCCCAAUGAGUUGAAUGCAGAAGGGCUCAUUUCGAGAGUAUGUCAACUGCAUCCACCACCUGUGGUCCCCUUUUCGAGUAGUCAUUGCUCGGUCUAUGAGAAGCCAGUUUCUACUGCUCAUAAUAAGGACCUACUCAAUGAUUUGUGUGCUGAAAUUUCUGCUUUUGAGAAAAGUUUUUAUGCAGGAGAUGAGACGUCAGUUUUUCCACUGCACCCUAUCAAAGAUGCUGGAUGUGCCUCAAACCAUAUUCCUGCACCGGAACUUUGCUCUAUGUUCCAUGAAGGUCAGCGAGAUGAGGAUCCUAGUAUUAUCUCCCCUGAAAAUAAGAGAGAUGAUCGUAUAUCAGAUGCCAACCAUGAGGCAGCUUUAUCAUUGGCUAGGAUUCAAAGGUCGAGGUCAAGGCAGAAGGCUCUUGAGCUCCGAAAUAGUGCAAAAGCUGCUAAAUGCUGCUUGCAGGAUGAGAACAAUGCUAGUAGUAAUGCUGGUGGUGUCAUAGAUUCUACAAUUUCUUCCUUUCAGUCUGACCAACUUUUUGGAUUAAACUUAGUUAAACAUCUCGAUACUGAUGAUGAAACUUGUGCAGUGGAAGAUGAAAAAGUAGCUGACUGUUUGAGUAUUGAAAGAGAUAUGGCUGUUUACUCUACUAAAGCCAUAUCUGAUCAGAAACACAGGUUGUCGAAUGCGAGUAACUCAUCUUGUGUUGUUGGGAAAGACGGUGCUGCCUUUGCAAAUUCCAUGCCUAAUUAUGGGAGUCAACCAAUACACUUGGCUAAUCAAUCAUAUGCUGCUUGUGGAAGCCAUGAAGCGAAGGAAGCAAUAGUUGGUGAUUACUGGAGCAAGGAUGAGGGAAGCAAUAAAUACUGUAGGAGAAUAACUAGGUCUAUCAGCUCUAUCCAACAGAAACAUUGUGUGAAUGAAUUGUUGAAGUUGGAUGACUCUUCUAACAAUGACAAGGUGGAUGGAGUUAACAAUUUAAUAAGACAACUGAAACUUACCAAUGAAGGGGAACCGGUAAAAUCUUUUGACAUCACUGAAGAAAGUUGUGGCAUGAAACCAAAGGCAAAAGUGUGGCAGGAGAAGGAACGUGGAAGUAAUGACUACAAUGGUAGAAUAACAGGAUCGAGAAGUUCUAAUCAACCAUGCAACACCGUUCAUGAUUUGUCGAAGCUGGUUAGAUCAUCUCCUGUGGAGAAGAAUCUUGAGUUAUGUGCAGUAAAUGGAAAAGAACAUCCUAGGAAGAGAAAUUCUUCUGAGGGAUAUAUCUCUAAAAGGAUAGGGUCUCAUGCCACAUGUAGUGGUGAAAAAAUGUCGAAGGCUGUUAGCCUGGAUGUCUCCAGUCAAAUUAUUAGCAAGUCCUCUUUAGCUGCUUCCAACAAGUCUCAUAAUGUAAAGCAUACUCAGGUAUCAGGCAGAGGUUCCUUCCCGGUUCCAAAGGAUCUAGAGCUAUGCGCAGCAAAUUCAACAGAUUCUUCAGACAAGGAAACUAUUGCAGAUGACUAUGCUGGUAGAAAUACGAGGAUAGAGGCUACAUCUACUUCCGAAAUAACUUUAAAACCUGUCAACUCUUGUGAUUUGGGUUGUAGAGAUACACUGUCAAGGUCUUCUGCUUCAAACAAGUCUCUGCUGGCUAAAUUUUUAAACAGGUAUCAAGGAAUUGAGAAUCAGGCACUGUCAGAUGCUAAGACGAAAGAUCUACCUUCUACCAGCACCUCUGUACUAGUUGAUCUGGACAGGUGUGCUGAAACUGUUAAAGCAAAUGAAUCUGAUCCUUCUAAGCAAGUUGUAGCCCAUUCUGUUUGCUCCAAUUCUAAUUCAGAUGGUGUUGGCCUUAGUGUUGGACUGGAAAUUUUAGCACCAAAGUCCUCUGAUUGUUCUAUGCUUGUAAAUCCCAAGCAACUUGAUUUUGAUGAUGUUGAACAGUCCAGUGCUGUAAAUGGCAUUUCAACCCUUCCGCUUAGAAAUGACACACAGGGUAGCUCAUCAGAACAAAGAUCUCUUACCUUGUUGGAACCUGUAGAUAUACUGGAUAAAGUAAUUUCUGUCAAUUACCAGGAAAAGUGCAACUCAUCUCCCGAGAUUCCUCCGCGGGAAGUUUUGAGUAGAGAAGAGGAACCCCAUAGAGGUUUAUCUGAAGAAAUUGCUGAGGACAAAGAUCAAGAAGUAAAAGCUAUGAAUGGAAGUGCUAUUUCAUCACUAAAAGAAAUAUCUGAUGUUCAAAAGGAUCUAGUUGUGCAUACUUCAGUAAAGAAUGACAAAACUUUCCAAAAGAAAUCUUCUUUGACAGAAAAUCCAACUGCCUUAAAUGAACCAUGGGAAUGUUCACCUCGAAGCCUGCUUAACAAGAUAAUGGAUUCUCAUCUGUGUAAUGACAAUGGCGAUACAAGAAUAAAUUUGUCCUCUGCAAAAGAUAAUGGAUUCUCUACAGUAAAGCAUAUAGAGUUAGUUUCAGAAGAUAGUAAACUGGAUACUCACUGCUGUGGUGAUCCUAAUGUAGCAAAAGAUGAUGAUUUUCUUGUAGUACCCAGGCUCGGACUUCCUGAAAAUGUGGAUGGGUAUGGAGAUCUUACAGUUGUAGACUCCUUCGCAAGUAGUCAUGAUGACAAAGAUAUAGGUUGUUCCAAAUCAACUGGACGCCAGAUUGAAGAGAAGUCCAUGACUAGAGGCUCUUUUAGCUCUUCCUUGGAGGGUUCAUGGACACUUAAUAAGCGAAGAAAGAUUGGACCAGUUGAAACCCAAUCUGCUUCACCUGAUAUCAAAGAAGUCGCACUCCACAUUAUGAACAAUGAUUCUAUGAGUAGAGACUUGUUAAUUGAAGAACAUAGUCCAAAGGCUUUUCUGGAAUCUCAAAAACUUUCGACUUCUGAUGAAGAUGUUGCACAACUAAUUGUCAGUGGCAAUCAAGUUGAAAUGCAUCAAACUGAGGAACCAAAUGUCAUAAUAGGGUCUGAAUUGUCACCAAAGCUGCAAAUUGAAGAGGGCUUCUUCAGCUUACAAGGUGAGGAAAUAAGAGCAAAUGCACCAUUUACUUUUAUCCAUGAAGAAUUGAGAGCAUCACUGGUCUCAAGUUUGAUCAGACAGGCUGCUGGAAAUUCUCAAGGUAAUUUGAUGAAGGAUGCAAGAGCUAUAGAGUCAACUAGCUUUUUCUUUGAUGCACAAACACAGUGUGCUACAGAAGAGAACUGUGUUUCAUUCCAUCUUCAAGAUCAAUCGGUACUAGGAAACACUGAACCUCUGACUUGUAGUAAGAGAUUAAUGCAGGAAAAGAGAUCUUCUCUGGAAGGGAUGAACAAAUUUUCAUAUGGCUCCAUUGGUUCUCCAGUUGGCCAAUCCUUGGAUUUGAUUGGUGCUGAUAAGACAAUGCCUGUGCUUGAGAGGUUCAUGAUGCAAUCAGAUGGUGAAACAUCAUGCAUUAAUGGUGAGGGAAUUAGCUUUGACCAGCCUAACCUUCCAACAACUACAACUGAAAGUUCUAGCAUGGUGGAUCAGCUUUGCAAAUCUGCUUGCGGGCAGACUCCAGUAUCCUUCUCAUCAGCUUCAUUUAGAUUGCACAGAAUUCCAAACUUAUACCAGUCUGUUCCCAAUGGCCUUUUAGAGGGUAUAGAUCUGAGGACCAAACUUCCUAUCAAUGAUACUGUAAAGCAACUUAGGGAUGGUUAUAAUUGCUUGAGUGAGGAAGUGAGAUGUGCCUUUGAUGGGAAGUCCUAUUCUGAUUGCCUUCCAAAUUUGAGUGGUCAGUCUGGUUGGGAUAUAAAGAAACCUUGUACAUCUCCGAUUAGGAAACUUUGGGACAGAAUCUCAUCAAACUAUGGUAGUUCAGAGAAGAAGCAGAGUUUAAAUCCUGAGCUUCCUUGCAUCAGUGAAGAAAAUGAGAACAUGGAAGAGCUGGCUGAUACUGUGGGAGACAUCGUCAUUUCAAAGGUUAAGUCAAGCUCAAUAAUAAGAAAACCACUUGCAGACAUUACUGAGAUUCCAAACCCUCCUGCAUCUGAAGCUAGACAAUGUGUGGAGAGAUGCAGUUUAGAUUCAGUAAACACGGAAUUGAGUUUUAAGGGGACUCAUAACAAGGUCAAAAAGAAGCUUGGCACACGUAACAGCAGCAAGAGGACCGCUGGAUCACUUCAUGACAGGUUAAACAAGACUAAGCUGUCUGGAAAAACCAGCUUGAGAAAAGAAGGGCCGAGUUUCACUGAGGUGGAAUCUAAGCAUAAUAAUAUUGUGUCCAAUAUCACUUCCUUUAUUCCACUUGUUCAACAAAAGCAAGCUGCUGCAGUUUUAACAGGGAAGAGGGAUGUAAAGGUCAAGGCCCUGGAGGCUGCUGAAGCUGCAAGGCGUGUUGCAGAAAAGAAAGAGAAUGAACGCAAGAUUAAGAAGGAAGCCAUGAAGUUUGAGCGAGCAAGAAUCGAGCAGCAGAAUUUGAGGCAGCUAGAGCUGCAGAAGAAAAAGAAAGAAGAAGAACGAAAGAAAAAGGAGGCUGAUAUGGCAGCAAAAAAAAGACAAAGGGAAGAAGAAGAGAGGAAGGAGAAGGAAAGAAAAAGAAUGCGUGUUGAGGAAGGAAGGAGGCAGCAGAGAGAAAAGGGGCAGAAAUUACAUGCAGAGAAAGAAGGGAAAGAAUUGAAAUGCCGAGCCACUGAUGAAAGAAGACAUGAGAUGAAGGAACCAAAGGGUGAAGGGGAAAAGCAUGAAAAUAUGGAAAAACAGCAAGGGGAGGCCAAUCUCGGGAAAACUUCAGAACCUGAACAUAGUACUACUGGGAUUUCAACAAGUGAUGGUAGAAGAGCUGGCAAUGAUCAUGAAGAGCCUAAAACCACAAGUGAUUUUGGAAAUAAUACAGAGAUGACAAGCAAUUUUGGGGAACCUACAGGAAACCUGGUUACCAAUAUGACAACGGAAAAAUCAUAUGAUAUUUCCCCAUACAAAGAGUCAGAUGAUGAAGAUGAUGAUGAUAAUGACAUACCAAACAGUAAAUUUAUUCCUUCAUGGGCAAGUAAAAAUUGCCUGCCUCUUCUUGUUUCUUCCCAGAAUAGAUUUGACCCGGAGGUGAUUUUCCCUCCAGAAAGUUUUUGCAGUAUUUCUGAAGUUUGCUUGCCUCGAAAGAUCCAGAACAAGUAAUAGGGACCUGAACUGGAAUAAUGUUGAUAUCUAUUGCCUCUAUUCUUCAGUGAAUUAGAAAAAGAGCUUUUUUGUAUCAAGGGAAGAUUCCCAAAAAGAGCCUUUCGAAGAGUUCUUGUGCAGGUGUUCCCUUAGCAGCAUAUUGUAGCUGACCCUGCAGUUGUGCUUCUAUUGGGAGUUAAAUAUUAUACAUUUCGCAAAACUUUCGAGCAAUUUUAUUCUGCUACAGUUUCUUGGGCAAUCCAUGGGUAUUAGAAAUAUUUCCAAAGAUACCAAAGCGCAGCUAAAAAAGAUUCAGCAAAUUGUCUUUCUUCUACCGGUUCCUGUUUCUGCACGAAAGAUACUUCUUGGUGAACUACUUCGAGUUUUAGAACUUGGCUGUAUAUUAGAGAACAAGUUUCUAACUUGUUGAUUCUCCUUUUUUUUUUCUUUUUUUCUUUUUUUUUCUUUUUUUUGUGGGUGUAAAUCCUUUCGAGAAUGGCUCAUUCUUUGAGGCCAAAGCAAAUAUUAAAUUGUUGUUCCUACAAAAACGUAGCAACAAUCUCUUUUGUUAUUUAGAUUGUAUCUAUAAUUCAGUCCUAUGGAAAAUAAUUUUCUUCCAA